AUGGCGUACGGAAAUGCUGCUUUUCCAAAAGAAAUAACAAAAAUAAGUUUUGACGCAGUGGAAGAAGAUGGCGAAAAUGUCUGGCACAGUCUUAUACAAAAUUUGUCUGGUGCAAAUUUGGAGAAACUCGAGGGAAUAUUUAGGAGUAAUUAUAACGAAUGCGAAGGAGAGGUUGGACUGACCAAAACAGAAUUUCUGCAAGCAAUUUGUUCUCUGUAUGAUGGACCCGAAUAUUCCUUGCAAAGUUUGAUGCUGUUUGACAGCAUCAGUCACAACGCAAAAGAAACAAUCACAUGGAACGAUUUUUUGGAUUUUUUACUGCAAAAUAUGCUUCCGACCAAGGAAGCAAAUUUAAGGCUCGGUAGGCCUUGUAUAGAGGCUGUAGCUCACGGAAAGAAUGAAUCCAUUGCCAAAAUAGUUCUCAUUGAAACCGACAAGUAUUUUUGUUACGCCGUAAUUUUGAAGCAUGGAAGAGUGGGCCUUUACGAUGGAAAUUUCAAUUUCCUAACGUCAUAUCAUGCGAUCAUAACCAGGGAAGAUCUAACGCGUCCUGAAAACGAAAGACGCAGACGAAAUCGCUGGAUAACGGAUGCGAUUUUUUGUCCCGAUAUUCUGAUGUUUAUAAUAACCAGCACCGCUAGAAGUUUGAUAAUUUACGAAGCGUCUGGUCUAAAUCACGUGCCGUGCUGGCUGAUUCUUGAUACGCCAAAUAUUUUACAGUGUUUAUCCUACAAAUUGUACAAAUACGGAAAAAGACGUAAUGGAAAAUGUAUCUUAUACUGUGGCGACGAUUACGGAGAAAUUGUUAGUUUUGAAUUUCUACAGCCAGAAACUGAAUUACUUCGACGCAAACGCAAUGAAGAAGUAACAAUAUUCUAUUGGGAUGUGCUGUUAAAACAGACGAAACAUGUCUUAAUUCAAAGAUCCGCAGCAAUACACCAAGACUGUAUCAACCAUAUCCAAUAUGUUAGCGAUAUGAACUGCCUCAUCACUUGCAGUAAAGAUCCUGCGAAAUCCGUUAUUAUUAAACAUGUUGGAAACAAAACGAAGCCGGCCGUUUUCAGAAUGUCCAGAGGUGCCAGCUGUUUUGCAUUGAGCGCAAAAUUCAAACUUCUUAUUACGGGCAGCACGAACGGUCUCAUUCGAAUUUGGAAUUCGGUUCUCACUUCGAAACCAAUUGGUUUAAUUUCGGAACAUCAGUGCGACAUUUUGGAUAUUCAAAUAUUUGAGCGGCAGCAUCUCUUUAUCAGUUGUUCCAGGGACGGAACUUUAAAGGUUUGGGAUUUGAAAGAACAUGCCUGCUUACAGCGUUUACGAUUGAAAUUUCCCGUUUUCCGUGUCCAGGGGAAACUUAUCGAAUGGGGGAUUAACUGUAUUUAUCCCGGUCCCAAAAGAUCAAAUCCGAAUGUCUGGGAGCGGUCGUCCUUGCUGAUUAGUUGUUGCAAUUGUGUAGCCAAAAUUGAACUGAAUUUUAACGCUCCCGAGAUGGAAUUUAGUUUUUCCUUUCCUGUUUUGCCGCCACCUCCACUCCAGAGUAGCGUUUUAAUCCCCUCCGACUGGACUUUGUUGUGCGAUGACAGUGUUGAAAGGAGUGAAAAAUUCUUGGAAUCAAAUAUAGAUGAACAGUUGAAGGAAAUAGAUUUUAUAUUAAAAAGAAAUAUACUGGAAAACAGUGCCGCGCAGAGCAAAAUUAAUUUCAAGAUUGCUGUUUUGGAGUCUAAAAAGAAGCAGAUGGUCGACAAAGUGGCUAAGGGAGCUCCAUAUUUAGCAUUGGAUCUACACUAUAUCGAAGAACUAAAAUUGUCUAAUAAGCUGCAAGCGCCGGAAACGAAAAAAGGCAAAAAUUAUUAUAAGAAAAUCAAAUGCCGUUUAGAAGAUCAGUUGAUUUCGGAAUCUUCCUCCGGGUAUUCGAGGCCAAGUACCACUAGCGCGGAGUUUCUUUUAGAAUAAUAAUUUUUAUUGAGGAUUUUGUACUUAAUUUUACAUAAAAAAAUACUUUACACUGAUAUUAUUUUAUAUAUAUUGUGAUCAUCAAGAAUUCAACAUCUCUGCUUUGGUGGGAUAUGUUAAAAUUUAACGAGAAAGACAACCCAGACGUUUAAGUCCAUGUUCAACAAA